GAUCCAUUGACAUUCAAGGAUGUGUCCAUAGAAUUCUCCCAGGAUGAGUGGGAGUGCCUAGACUCUGCUCAGAGGGCUUCGUACAGGGAGUUGAUGUUGGAGAACUACAACAAUUUGGUGUCUAUAGCUGGUUCUGGUCUCCUGUCUGGAGCAAAGCAAAGAGCCCUGGAAUGUGAAGAGACAGGAGGCUGUAGCCAAUCAG